CAGCCUGUGAAGGCAGAGAGAAAUUGACUAAUUAGCAAUGCGCACUAAAACUUGACGGUUCUUUAUAGAGAGAGAGAAGAGAGAGGGAGAGAGAGGCAGAGGGAGGGAGGGGGGGCUCGCUUUUUCCCCUUCUUUCUUCCAAAGAUGUUUGAAAUCGCAGUCAUUUACGCUCGACAAUUUUUACAAUAGCCUUGAGCCAUAAUUUUGCGAGUCUCUCCAGCAUCCAUCCCCCUGUAUGGUCUCUCUCUACUGGCCAAGCACGACCGUUUCUCUCCCCAACCGUGGAUUUCCUAUUACUCUCGUUACGACUCACUGAGCCCCAGGCCCAAGGAUAAUGAUGUGUUGUUUCUUGGUAGCAUAAUUUGUCACACGUACAUUUUUUCUUCUUCUUCUCUUGCAGAAAGCUCUGCUCCCUCUCUCUCUCUCCCUCUCUCUCCCUCUCUCUUUCUCUCUUUUCUCCCUCUCCUACAUUUUCUUGCUGUUGCUAAUUCAUGGUGAUCAAAUGAUGUACGACAAAAUAAAUUGUAAAGAGUGACUGCCUGGAGUUGGGAACCAGAAGGUGUUCUCCCCCUCCCAAGGAGAGAGCAAACCUUUAAAAAGGAAGGACAAUUGAUUUUUGGGGGGGAGCUUAAGUGAGCCUUGACUUUGCAGCUGGUUGAAAGCAGGUUGGAGGAGGGUUUAAAGCCAGGUGCGCCGAGUCAGCUCGCCAUGUCCAGAUCCGGGGACAGGACCUCCACCUUCGACCCCAGCCACAGCGACAACCUGCUGCACGGCCUCAACCUGCUGUGGAGGAAGCAGCUGUUUUGCGACGUGACCCUGACGGCCCAGGGCCAGCAGUUCCACUGCCACAAGGCCGUGCUGGCCUCCUGCUCUCAGUACUUCCGAUCGCUCUUCUCCAGCCACCCCCCUCUCGGGGGAGGGGUCGGCGGCCAGGACGGCCUGGGGGCCCCCAAGGACCAGCAGCAGCAGCAGCAGCCGCAGCAGCAGCAGCCACAGCAGCAGCAGCCGCCGCCGCAGGAGGAGCCCGGGACUCCUUCCUCCUCCCCCGACGACAAGCUGCUGACCAGUCCCCGGGCCAUCAACAACCUGGUGCUGCAGGGCUGUUCGUCCAUCGGGCUGCGCCUGGUGCUCGAGUAUCUCUACACGGCCAACGUGACCCUCUCCCUGGACACAGUGGAGGAGGUGCUGUCGGUCAGCAAGAUCUUGCACAUCCCCCAGGUCACCAAGCUCUGCGUGCAGUUCCUCAACGACCAGAUCUCGGUGCAGAACUACAAGCAGGUGUGCAAGAUCGCCGCGCUGCACGGCCUGGAGGAGACCAAGAAGCUGGCCAACAAGUACCUGGUGGAGGAUGUGCUGCUGCUCAACUUCGAGGAGAUGCGCGCCCUGCUGGACUCGCUGCCGCCCCCGGUGGAGUCGGAACUGGCGCUUUUCCAGAUGUCCGUGCUGUGGCUGGAGCACGACCGCGAGACCCGCAUGCAGUAUGCGCCCGACCUCAUGAAGCGCCUCCGCUUCGCGCUCAUCCCGGCCCCGGAGCUGGUGGAGCGGGUCCAGUCAGUGGAUUUCAUGCGCACCGACCCAGUUUGCCAGAAGCUGCUGCUGGACGCCAUGAACUACCACCUGAUGCCCUUCAGGCAGCACUGCAGGCAGAGCCUGGCCAGCAGAAUUCGCUCUAACAAGAAAAUGCUGUUAUUGGUUGGAGGAUUGCCUCCUGGGCCAGACCGGCUCCCCAGCAAUUUGGUUCAGUACUAUGACGAUGAAAAGAAGACAUGGAAAAUACUUACAAUUAUGCCAUACAACAGCGCGCACCACUGCGUUGUGGAGGUAGAAAACUUCUUGUUUGUGUUGGGCGGAGAGGACCAAUGGAACCCCAAUGGAAAACACAGUACAAAUUUUGUCAGCCGAUAUGAUCCUCGAUUUAAUAGCUGGAUACAACUUCCACCCAUGCAAGAAAGAAGAGCCAGUUUUUAUGCAUGUCGGUUGGACAAACAUUUAUACGUUAUUGGUGGAAGGAAUGAAACCGGCUAUCUGUCCAGCGUGGAGUGCUAUAACCUAGAGACAAACGAAUGGCGUUACGUGUCCUCUCUGCCACAGCCGCUGGCAGCUCACGCAGGAGCAGUGCACAACGGGAAAAUAUACAUUUCAGGAGGUGUACACAAUGGAGAAUAUGUCCCAUGGCUAUAUUGCUAUGACCCCGUAAUGGACGUCUGGGCUCGAAAACAAGAUAUGAACACAAAACGCGCCAUCCACACUUUGGCUGUAAUGAAUGAUCGCUUGUAUGCAAUUGGAGGAAAUCAUUUGAAAGGUUUCUCCCACCUUGAUGUAAUGCUCGUGGAAUGCUAUGACCCAAAAGGCGACCAGUGGAAUAUUCUCCAAACUCCCAUUUUGGAGGGUCGAAGUGGUCCUGGCUGUGCAGUGCUUGAUGACAGCAUUUACCUUGUGGGGGGCUACAGCUGGAGUAUGGGGGCCUACAAGUCAUCUACAAUAUGCUAUUGUCCAGAAAAAGGCACCUGGACAGAACUGGAAGGAGAUGUAGCAGAACCACUGGCAGGCCCAGCCUGUGCAACAGUUAUCCUGCCCGCUUGUGUACCUUACAACAAAUAACAGCAGGAAACCCUGAAACGAACAGUAUCACCUUCUAGGAAGCAAUGACGUCACUAUUAUAAUAGGAGCAGUGCAUUCUAAUGGUACCACUGCCGAAAAACACCCUUGGUUUCUGAUGAUUUACAAGUAACUGCAAAAGAAAAAGACCUGUUCCUGAACAGAUACCGUGUCUGUAACUCGGAUCACACCAAACUUCCUGUGAUGAUAGACUCUUCCAUUUCAGACUGGUUUUAACUUGUCCCAGCUUUACAUAAACUCCUCACAUGGAUCGUAACUUUCAAAAGGAGAAAGACACAAUACAGAAGAGUGCACCCAGAGAGACCUAAGAUCAGUAUUGUGCAUUGUAGUCUACCUGCAUGUGAUCUAUGUUGACGUUUUGGGGAUAUUGUGUUCAUGAAUGAUUCAAAAUUUGACCCACCAAAAUGCUUACACUGCAUCACAGAAAUUGCCACUUGAUUCUAUAUUCCUAACCUGUGGCUACAUCACAGACUCCAUAGGCAAAGCAGUUAUAGAAAGUCAUAUAAGAUUAAAGAGGAACACUUCUUUUUAUAUAACUUUGUUUCAUAUACCUUCUGCCCCUUACAGCACCUCAUGGGAUCAGAAAAGAGAAAGAUGUUGACUCUUGUAGCAAUUGCUUUCUGCCCAGUAGGUUCUAGGCUAGCCAGAGUCAUAAUUUCUGUGUCCUUAAUUUUGUAUGCAAGAUUAAAACAAAACACACUCUGUCACUAUUCAGUUCAUGGAGGCUCAUGCUUUCUCAUUUUUUGCAGUAUAUAAGUAAUAAACACACCUGUUAUUUGCUUCAAAGGGUACAACUGACACAGUCAGUCAUACAAUAGUGAAGAGAUUCUGUUGGAUAACACAGCUGAUCCAAACUUAACCCAUAACGAAAACUGGGAGAUUGCUUUCAGGAAUUCAGGGACAAAAAGAGAGAAUAAUUUCUUUUAGGUACAAUCCCACUUGUCUCUGUCCCUAAAACACAUAAUUUCAAAGAGCCACAAGAAUGAAUUAUAGCUCCUGACAAAUAUUUCUCCCUCUUCCUCACCUUUGGCUCUAGAAAUGUCUCUAGAUUUGGCUCUAGAAAAGCACAAAACUUACCCUCAUUCUUCCCCUAACUCAUCCUGUUUUGUUUGUUAUCACCAGAGAUGCCUGAGCUCAGUUCAGUGAGCAAUUGCUAGUCGUCUUUAGGAGCAUGAGGAAUUCAGGAGCAGAAGGUCAGGAGAGCAUGACGUAGUUUUAGUGUGGCCAAUCAAAGAGCAAAACCGGCAGGAACAUGAAUUUGAUUUUCCAGCUCUUCGGAGCUGGAACAACAGUUAGGAGUAAAGAAAAGUCUAAAGUAUUUUUUUAAUCACCCAGAGAUGUUGUUGAAUCCCUCAACAAAUGUGUCGUUCAAAACAAAAGCUUGAGGAAGCCACAGAUUAAAAAUGCCUUGGUGAUAAGCUGUCACUGCGGAGCAUGUCAAGAUGGAUGGGUGUACUAGAAUCCAAUGCCGUUUCUACAGUAAAGUGCAAUCUUUGUUGUCUUUGUAUUUAUUUGUAUGUUCAGAUCCAAAGGAUCCGUUGUAAAAAUAUAUAUAUAAAUAUAUAUAUCCAGUGCAAUCAACUUUCAUUUCUUUUUCCUUGAAAGCAUAUGACUAUAUAGAAAUAAAGAAAAUUUACAGUACAGUACUUUGUGAGAAAAUUCCAGCUGACAUCAUGAAGAGAACAAGGUCUGCUUCAGAACCUUUUAUCAUCACCUGUCAUCAUUUCUUCUGAAAGUCACAGUUUAUACAAGGAUAUUUGCUUUCCUUAGACUUGUUCUUCAUUUAUUUUUUAUUUCUAGUCAAAAUAAAUAAAAGCAUUUAUGAGAACUAUAAGUAAAGCUUUCUAUGUUUCAGAAAGACACAAACUAGUAGAAAGUGAAAAGUGAAUAAAUAAGUCACAGAGAAUGUAAAUUUUGUACAGUAUUAGAAUGUGUAAAUGAAGCUUGCUUGGAAGGGGAAACCUUAAAAUAAAAACUUUAUAUACUAA